GGGGGAGGGAGCAGGGAAGGGAAGUCUUAAAUGGAGGCAUGUGGCCUGCUAGCAACAGCAUUUGGCUUUUCUUAGGGAUGGCUCUUGCUCACCCGAGCCUCACAAAGAUAAUCGCUCAGGAAGUGUUUCAGCCAAUCCGCGGCGGCUUUACACUCCGAUUUGCCGGGGCAGCCAAUCGGGGAUGAGCUUUUAUUAGGCGGCCAGAUCAUCAGCCGAAGUGCCAAACCCUUUUUCUGUGAGAACUAGGAGCCUGUCCUCCAUGUUUUAUAAGUAUUGACAUUACACAGUUAACAAUGCAUCCACAGAGCUUGGCUGAAGAGGAAAUAAAAACUGAGCAGGAGGUGGUGGAGGGAAUGGAUAUCUCUACUCGCUCCAAAGAUCCUGGCCCUACGGAGAAAACGGCCCAGAAACGGAAGUUCCCCAGCCCUCCACAUUCCUCCAAUGGCCAUUCACCCCAAGACUCGUCUACAAGCCCCAUUAAAAAGAAAAAGAAACCCGGCUUACUGAACAGUAGCAAUAAGGAGCAGUCAGAGCUAAGACAUGGUCCGUUUUACUAUAUGAAGCAGCCACUCACCACAGACCCUGUUGAUGUUGUACCGCAGGACGGACGGAAUGACUUCUAUUGCUGGGUUUGUCACCGGGAAGGACAAGUCCUUUGCUGUGAGCUCUGUCCCCGGGUUUAUCACGCUAAGUGUCUGAGACUGACAUCGGAACCAGAGGGGGACUGGUUUUGUCCUGAAUGUGAGAAGAUUACAGUAGCAGAAUGCAUCGAGACGCAGAGCAAAGCCAUGACCAUGCUGACCAUUGAACAGCUGUCCUACCUUCUCAAGUUUGCCAUUCAGAAAAUGAAGCAACCAGGGACGGAUGCAUUCCAGAAGCCCGUUCCAUUGGAGCAGCACCCCGACUAUGCAGAAUAUAUUUUCCACCCCAUGGACCUUUGUACAUUGGAAAAGAAUGCAAAGAAGAAGAUGUAUGGCUGCACGGAAGCUUUCCUGGCUGACGCCAAGUGGAUCCUGCACAACUGCAUUAUCUAUAAUGGGGGAAACCACAAGUUGACGCAAAUAGCGAAAGUCGUCAUCAAAAUCUGUGAGCACGAGAUGAAUGAAAUUGAAGUGUGUCCAGAAUGUUAUCUUGCGGCUUGCCAGAAACGAGACAACUGGUUCUGUGAGCCCUGUAGCAAUCCGCACCCUUUGGUCUGGGCGAAACUGAAAGGGUUUCCAUUCUGGCCAGCAAAAGCACUGAGGGACAAAGACGGGCAGGUUGAUGCCCGUUUCUUUGGACAACAUGACAGAGCCUGGGUUCCCGUCAAUAAUUGCUACCUCAUGUCUAAAGAAAUCCCCUUUUCUGUGAAAAAGACUAAAAGUAUCUUCAACAGCGCCAUGCAAGAGAUGGAAGUUUACGUGGAGAACAUACGGAGGAAGUUUGGGGUUUUUAAUUACUCCCCGUUCAGGACGCCCUACACUCCCAAUAGCCAAUACCAAAUGCUGCUUGAUCCCAGCAACCCCAGCGCCGGCACUGCCAAGACAGACAAACAAGAGAAGGUGAAGCUCAAUUUUGACAUGACAGCAUCCCCCAAGAUCCUUCUGAGCAAGCCCCUUCUGAGCGGGGGCGCUGGCCGCAGGAUCUCCCUGUCCGACAUGCCUCGCUCCCCCACCAGUACGAACUCUUCUGUGCACACGGGCUCCGAUGUGGAGCAGGACCCCGAGAAGAAGGCCCCAUCCAGCCACUUCAGCGCAAGUGAGGAGUCCAUGGACUUCCUUGAUAAGAGCACAGCGUCUCCAGCCUCCACCAAGACGGGCCAAGCAGGGAGCUUGUCUGGCAGCCCGAAGCCUUUCUCUCCACAAGCGCCGGCACCCAUCAUUACGAAGCCCGACAAGACCUCCACCUCCACCACCGGGAGCAUCCUGAACCUAAACCUUGAUCGAAGCAAAGCCGAGAUGGACCUGAAGGAACUGAGCGAGUCGGUCCAGCAGCAGUCGGCUCCUGUCCCUCUCAUCUCUCCCAAGCGGCAGAUUCGAAGCCGGUUCCAGCUCAACCUGGACAAGACCAUAGAGAGUUGCAAAGCACAGCUAGGCAUAAAUGAGAUCUCAGAGGAUGUUUACACGGCUGUGGAACACAGCGACUCCGAGGAUUCCGAAAAGUCAGAGAGCAGCGACAGCGAGUACGUCAGCGAUGAGGAACAGAAGCCCAAGAACGAGCCAGAGGACCCCGAGGACAAAGAGGGGAGUCGGGUGGACAAAGAGGCCCCUGCCAUCAAAAGGAAGCCCAAGCCUACAAACCAGGUGGAGGUCAAAGAGGAAACAAAGAGUAACUCUCCUGUCAGCGAGAAGGCGGACCCCACACCCGCCAAGGACAAGACCAGCCCUGAGCCCGAGAAGGACUUUGUAGAGAAAGCAAAGCCAUCACCUCAUCCUACAAAGGACAAACUGAAGGGAAAGGAUGAAACAGAUUCUCCCACAGUGCACCUGGGCUUGGAUUCAGACUCAGAGAGUGAACUUGUCAUAGACUUAGGAGAAGAUCCUUCUGGGCGAGAGGGUCGAAAAAACAAGAAAGAGCCCAAGGUGUCGUCGCCUAAGCAGGAUGGUAAACCGCCACCGUCCACUUCAGCAGGCAACCAGUCUCCCCCAGAGACGCCGGUACUCACCCGCUCAGCCACGCAAGCACCUGCUGCUGGGGUCACCGUGGCUGCCACCACCAGCACGAUGUCUACCGUCACAGUCACAGCACCGGCCACCGCUGUCACGGGAAGCCCAGUGAAGAAGCAGAGACCGCUCUUACCGAAGGAGACUGUCCCAGCCGUGCAGCGGGUCGUGUGGAACGCAUCAAGUAAGUUUCAAACGUCCUCCCAAAAGUGGCACAUGCAGAAGAUACAGCGCCAACAGCAGCAGCAGCAGCAGCAACAGCAGCAGCAGAGCCAGCAGCAGCAGCAGCCUCAGUCUUCCCAGGGGACAAGAUAUCAGACCAGACAGGCCGUGAAAGCUGUCCAGCAGAAGGAGGUCACCCAGAGCCCAUCCACGUCCACCAUCACGCUGGUGACCAGCACACAGCCCGCUGCCCUGGUCAGCAGUUCAGGCUCUGCAAGUACCCUGGCGUCCGCCAUCAAUGCCGACCUGCCCAUUGCUACCGCCUCAGCUGACGUGGCCGCCGACAUUGCCAAGUACACCAGCAAAAUGAUGGACGCCAUAAAGGGGACGAUGACGGAAAUCUACAAUGACCUCUCCAAGAACACCACUGGGAGCACCAUAGCUGAGAUUCGAAGGCUGAGGAUUGAGAUUGAGAAGCUGCAGUGGCUGCACCAGCAGGAGCUCGCUGAGAUGAAGCACAACCUGGAGCUGACCAUGGCUGAGAUGCGGCAGAGCCUGGAACAGGAGCGGGAUCGGCUCAUCGCUGAGGUGAAGAAGCAGCUGGAGCUGGAGAAGCAGCAGGCGGUGGACGAGACCAAGAAGAAGCAAUGGUGUGCCAACUGCAAGAAGGAGGCCAUUUUCUACUGCUGCUGGAACACCAGCUACUGCGACUACCCCUGUCAGCAGGCCCACUGGCCUGAGCACAUGAAGUCCUGUACCCAGUCGGCCACUGCCCCUCAGCAGGAAGCAGAUGCUGAGGCAAGCACAGAAUCAGGAACUAAGUCCUCCCAGGGCAGCACCUCCAAUACACAGUCAGCACCUUCAGAACCAGCAAGUACCCCCAAAGAGAAGGAGCCAACAGCGGAGAAGAGCAAGGACAGUAACUCGACCCUGGACCUUUCCGGCUCCAGGGAGACGCCCUCCUCCGUUCUCCUGGGCUCCAACCAAGGCUCUGUUAGCAAGAGGUGUGACAAGCAGCCUGCCUAUACCCCAACCACUACAGACCACCAGCCGCACCCCAACUACCCCGCCCAGAAGUACCACUCCCGGAGCAGCAAGGCGGGUUUGUGGAGCAGCAGCGAGGAGAAGCGAGGGUCAUCACGUUCCGAGCACAACACCGGGACCAGCACAAAGAACCUCAUGCCCAAAGAGUCCCGGGAGUCUCGGCUAGACACCUUCUGGGACUAAGGGUGUAUUGUGAGCCAGGACACCUCCCUGUGUGUGGGGGAACAACCCAUACUACAGGACGUAACAGAAACUGGAGAACCGCCACCUUUAGAAUUCGCAACACUCAGGCUCUGCCCGUGGGCUUGGCUGCAGGACAGCGGCUUGACUCCAUCCCAGCUCCAGCCUUGGCUGGGAAGGCUCUCCCCUGUGAGCCAAACACUUUAGGUGUAAGUAGGUACACUUCGUGAUGUCACUGACCUAGCGUACCUUUCUUUUUCAUAUCUAUACUGACCUUAACUUAUAAAAAAGAAAAACAGAAAAGAAAAGCAAGUUAUAUAUAUAUAUAAAUAAUCUACAGUUAAAAGAAUGUUUUGAUAAUCCAGGGUUCGUUAGCCCGCUGGCCUCACCGUGGGAUCAGGGCUGGGCCCAGGGAUUGCUAUUCUCACAUAGGCCCUUGUCCUGGAUACCCAGGGGAGGGAGCCACGGUCGCCUGCAGCACACCAUGAUCGGGGCUCUCAGGCUGUGCUGUCCUGGACCCGCCACCACCAAGCCAUCGGCCCCUCACAGACCCUACAAGACGAUGUUAGGAAACACAAGCUUGCCGGGCUCGAAGGACACAUAAGUGUGUUUGUGUGUGAUGUGUUUCCAGCUAUGGUUCCCGAAAGGGCAAAGCAGCCUCCUGUUUACAGAAGGCUCACUCGAACAGUCCUCCCGCGCGGCACGGACGCAGAGGCGGACAGUGUUCGCGCUGGGGGCGUCAUGAACACAGCUGGUGUUCUUGAGGGGAGACUCCCUUCUCUCAGCUGAGUCUUUCCCAUGAGCACUCACACCGAUUUGUGAAGAUGUACUUCUCAGAAGCAAAGACUCAAAAGGCAAGGUGCACGGCGAGGCCACGUGAGCCCGGGGAUGGAGCAUGUAUGUAUUAUUUAUGUGCUGGAGUUCCACGUUUUUAUGUAAGCAUGAAACACAGGCAGUGUGAGAGAAAGCCAGGACCCGACAUGCUGUCCGUUAUCGCUACGUCUGCUGUAGUUCCAUUUUGUAUGUUGUGUAAAACGAGCAUCCGUCGGCGCAAGAGGUCAUGUGUGUAUAUCAGAAGAAGAAUUAAUUGUAUAUCAUUCCAGUACAUUCCGUUGUACAUUUUAAUCUCCGUUUACUUUCUCUUCAUUGUUGAUAAGAGAAUGCAAGCUGCGCACUGUCCAGCUAGUUUACCCCUACUAGAGAAGAAAGGAAGAAACAAUAGAAGAAAACGGGAGAGAGAGAGAAAAUUUGUGAAUUGCGGUCGUCAAAAAAAAAAAAAAAAAAAAAAAAAAAAAAAAAUCUAGCCUAGCUGGCCUUAUUUGGGGAACGUAACUGCUUUUAGCAUAUGGGAGUAUUUUUUCACAUUUUCUUUGUAUAAAAUUUGUAUUAAACUUAAAUAUCUUUUUUGA